AUGGCUUCGUCGCGUGCGCUUCCGCCAUUGCGCUCACCACCCUCGCAAUCGCGCUUCGUUUCUGCGUCGCCCGUCGUGUCUCCUUUUCCAGCAGACGACGUCCAGGCCAUCCCGCUGGCGACUCUCGAUCCUCCAUCCGCCAUGGCUCCCGACAGAGGCGCCAGCGUCUCGCCGCCGCACCGCAGCGAAGGCGCGCAACCCCCCACUUCUGCCUAUCGCGACGACGACGACCACGAUGCAAACCUGCCGCAGGAUCAUGCGCGUGCCCGAUCCCUACUUGCUCAGCGCGCCGCCGAGCCCCAGAACUUCACCCUCCGCGGCAUCCUUGUCGGCCUGGGCAUCGGCAUCGUGAUAUGCUUCUCCAACACAUACUUUGGCUUGCAGACAGGAUGGGUCAGCAGCAUGGCCAUGCCCUCGGCUCUCUUGGGCUUCGCUUGGUUCCGUCUGAUGUCUCGCUACCUGCGCCUGCCUUUCUCCCCCGUCGAGAAUGUGCUUAUCCAGAGCGUCGCUGGUAGCGUCGGCACUAUGCCGCUGGGCUGCGGUUUCGUCGGCGUCAUUCCCGCCCUACAAUAUCUGCUGAAGCCUGAGGAAAACGGGCCGCUGGACGUAGGUCUGUGGAAGCUCAUCGUCUGGGCUGUCGGAAUUUGCUUCUUUGGUGUCGUCUUCGCCGUUCCCUUGCGUCGCCAGGUUAUAAUUCGGGAGAAGCUCAAGUUCCCGAGCGGCACUGCAGCUGCCCUCAUGAUCGGCGUGCUACAUGGCCAAUACGGAAAGGGCGCCGUCAUUCGCCAGGACGAACCACAGAGGGACAGCAACGAUGACGAGCGUGCACAUCUUCUCGUCGGCGGGGCGCCAGGAGGAGCUGUUGCGGACUCCCCUCCACCCCAAGCCUUGCCCGAAACGGAUGAGGAAAAUGAAGCGGGAACCGGCCUGGAUGCACAGAGCGACUGGAAGGCCAAGGUCCGCCUUCUGACCAUAGCUUUUGUGGUAUCUGCUGUCUAUACCGUCUUCACCUACUUCGUCCCCCAGUUGCGUGACGUGCCAAUCUUCGGCCUCCACUUGGCCAGCAAGUGGCUGUGGACCCUUAACCCUUCUCCAGCAUACAUCGGCCAGGGCAUAAUCAUGGGACCCGAGACGACUCUCCACAUGCUUCUUGGUGCCAUUCUCGGCUGGGGUGUCCUUUCACCUCUUGCGAAAAGCAAAGGCUGGGCCCCUGGCCCCGUCAAUGACUGGGAGACCGGUAGCAAAGGCUGGAUUGUAUGGAUCAGUCUUGCCAUUAUGCUGGCCGACUCUCUGGUUAGCCUUGGCUGGCUGAUUCUGCGGCCUCUCAUCCGUUACGCCCGCGUAUGGGUGCCAAGACUUAUCGACCAUUUUAAGCAACGGUCUUGGAGCGACAUCUUCUCAUUUGAUGCAAACUCACUAAAGUCACUAGACGGAUACACAGCUAUCGACGGUCAAUCCGGUGCUCACAUCCUAAAGCGUGAUCCAUCCGAUGAGGAAGAAGACGCCCCGCCAGAGCAUCUGAUCUCCACCCGUACCACUUUGAUCGGUCUUGUCCUGUCACUUGGCCUCAGCAUCGGAGCUGUGCACUAUGUUUUUGGAAACCUCGUUCCUUUGACUCUGAACAUUCUCGGUCUCUUUCUCGCCCUAAUCUUGAGCAUUAUGGGCGUCCGUGCAUUGGGCGAGACUGAUCUAAACCCCGUCUCUGGCAUCUCCAAACUCACGCAGCUACUCAUAGCCCUUGCCAUUCCAAACGCCUCAACGAACAAGAACGCUGUCGUCAUUAAUCUUGUCGCUGGUGCUCUUUCUGAGUCAGGUGCACUACAAGCUGGUGAUCUCAUGCAGGACAUCAAGACCGGCCACCUUCUGGGCGCCGCUCCAAAUGCGCAGUUCUGGGCCCAAAUCAUUGGUUCCGGUGUCGGUGCGGUACUGUCGGCUCUCAUCUACCGCUUGUAUACCAAUGUCUAUCAAGUUCCUGGCAAGCUUUUCGAAGUACCGACUGGUUUCGUCUGGAUCUUCACGGCAAGACUGGUCACAGGAAAGGGUCUACCUCCCAUGGUCAUGCAAUGGGCGCUUGGCGCGGGCUUAAUUUUUGCGGUUGGCACCGCAUUCAGAGUGGGAGAACAAUCGAAGGCCGGUACGCGUCGGUGGACUCGUUUCAUUCCUGGCGGUAUUGCUGUCGCCGUUGGAAUGUACAACACGCCGUCCUUCACACUUGCUAGGACAAUCGGCGGCCUCAUGAACCUGUACUGGCUCCGCUACCGCGGCAAGCAGGAGACACCCAUAAUCGUGCUCGCCAGUGGUCUAAUUCUUGGGGAAGGUCUCUUGAGCAUUGUGAAUCUGCUCCUGGCUAGCCUGAGUGUGCCGCAUUUGUGA